GACUAUAUUUUGCGAAGAUCGAUCGUGUAAAACAUGCACAAGAAAAUCCAAUAACUAUGUAAGCAGAAAUCCUCAUUGUAAAUCGGGGUUAGAAUGUGACGUAAGUGGGGAAACAAACAAUUUAUAGUGCAGUUUGUCGCUCGAGAAACUAGACGACGUAAAUGUCAAAGGACUUGUGAAUGAUACGAUUUGUAACGCGGAUAUCGCGAUAGAUCAUCGUACUGAUUGUGAUGGUCUAAACAAGAAUAUCGCGGCCGAGGCCCAUCGCGAGAAAAAUGUUGUGCGACGUAACGAUGGAUGCGAACGGGAAUGGGAAGCGUGAUCCUCUCCAUGGGGGUCCCUUGUACUCCCAUCGACGUGCAGCCAGCAACGAUGAAAGCAACAGAACUACAGAUUUAGAAUUUGUUUAUGACGAUACUGACAUACAUGCCAAUGAGAUUGCUGAGCUAUAUAGCUAUACAGAGCAGUAUGAAUUACAACUUAAUCUUAAGGCAUUUGAGGAUCAGAUGGAGUGGUAUAAAUUACGACCAUGGUGGCAAAACUUGACAAGACCACAGCAAAAGUCUAUAAUCCAUAAGUUGUUAGAUCAGUUGGAAGUUUCCAACAAGCAGCUUAGAAUGAAGGCAGCUCGAUGUAUUCUUAUUGGCACAGGGUUGUUGGGCUGAGGUACAGUCU